CCACUCCAAGCUGAGCUGAGCUGAGCAGAGUAGUAGGUUCUUUGGUUUCAGCUCCGGGGCGUGACAUGGAUCCGCCCCAAUUAAACCUCCUCCGACCAGUCCACGGGCAGCCGCUAUAACUCCGCCACCACUCGCGCACCGCAUCUCAGAGCCCACAUCUCGAUCCGUCCAGCAGCCGGCGACGACCAUGGCGGCGGCACUCAAGCGAGCCUACCUCGCCGUCUACAACUGGGCCGUCUUCUCCGGAUGGGCUCAGGUGCUCUACUACGCGGUCACCACGCUGCUCCGGUCGGGCCACCGGGACGUCUACGCCGCCGUCGAGAGGCCGCUCCAGCUCGCGCAGACCGCCGCCGUCCUCGAGAUCAUCCACGGUCUCGUCGGCCUGGUGAGGUCGCCGAUAUCAGCCACGCUGCCGCAGAUCGGAUCGCGGCUCUUCGUCACCUGGGGCAUCCUCUGGAGCUUCCCGGAGACCACCACACACAUUCUCGUGAGCUCCCUGGUCAUCAGCUGGUCCAUCACCGAGAUCAUUAGAUAUUCAUUCUUCGGCACUAAAGAACUUCUUGGAUCUGCCCCAUCGUGGCUUCAAUGGCUUAGGUAUAGCUCUUUCCUAAUCAUGUACCCAACCGGCAUCAGCAGCGAGCUUGGGCUGAUAUACAUUGCUUUGGAGUACAUUAAGGCGUCAGAGAAGUACUCGUUUAGAUUGCCCAACGCAUGGAAUUAUUCGUUUGAUUAUUUUUAUGCAUCAAUCAUGGUGCUUCUAAUUUACGUUCCAGGGAGCCCGCAUAUGUAUACGUACAUGCUUGGGCAGCGCAAGAAGGCUCUCUCAAAGUCGAAGACCAUGUAAAUAGUCACUUCCAAAAGUGGGUACCAAUCGUCCUGUUCAAUGCCUCAUCAGCAAAUCGGCAGCCUGAUCUUGGUGUGCACUAGCUGCAGCAGAGGAUCGUCAAUCUCUGUCAUGUGAAUGUUGCUGAACUUGAAACAAUAUCCAAAUUAUAAGGAUAUGCACUGAUGUAUCUUCAUUUUGUUGUUGUUAAAGACCUUGCGGAAUUCAUGAUCUAUUGAAUUAUUUACCCGA